AUAUUGGGGGGAAGAGGAGAGGAUGAAAUUUGGGAUGUUGACCAUUUAAAAUGGAUCUGAACGAAACGGGAGCACACAAAGGGAGCCGGUCUGUUAUUGUGUCUGAAACCCGGGGAGAGUAGCCACAAUCUGGAUACUUGUGUGCAGGUGGACCCAGGCCAGAGACAGCAGCGAGGAUGGGUGGUGGAGGCCAGCUGACGGAGCCAGGAGAGCCGGGCAGCGGGCGAGCCGGUGGGGUUUACACCUGGGUGGAGGUGCAGAGCCACUGCAACAGGAAUGACCAGUGGCUUGUAAUCGAUAGAAAGGUUUACAACAUCACGCAGUGGGCCAAAAGGCACCCAGGCGGGUUUCGAGUCAUCAACCACUAUGCUGGAGAGGAUGCUACGGAGGCAUUCACUGCGUUUCAUCCCGAUCUAAAGUUUGUACAAAAGUUUCUGAAGCCGCUGCUGAUUGGAGAGCUGGCAGCGACAGAGCCCAGCCAGGACCGAAACAAAAAUGCUGCGAUCAUACAAGAUUUCCACACUUUACGAGCACAGGUGGAAAGCGAGGGCCUGUUUCAAGCUCGGCCUUUGUUCUUCUGUUUCCACCUGGGUCACAUCCUGCUGCUGGAGGCCCUCGCCUGGCUAAUCAUCUGGCUCUGGGGAACCAGCUGGACUCUGACAUUUUUGUGCUCAAUCAUGCUGGCAACCGCUCAGUCGCAGGCCGGAUGGCUGCAGCACGACUUUGGCCACCUGUCGGUCUUCAAGAAGUCCAGCUGGAAUCACAUGUUGCACAAGUUUGUCAUUGGCCAUUUAAAGGGAGCCUCUGCCAACUGGUGGAAUCAUCGGCAUUUCCAGCAUCACGCCAAACCCAACAUCUUCAGUAAGGACCCGGACGUCAACAUGUUGCACAUGUUCGUAGUUGGAACCACUCAACCAGUGGAGUACGGCGUAAAAAAGAUCAAAUAUAUGCCCUACCAUCACCAACACCAGUACUUCCAUCUUGUUGGGCCGCCGCUUCUCAUUCCAGUUUACUUCCACAUUCAGAUAAUACGAACCAUGAUUUCCCGCCACGACUGGGUGGAUCUAGCUUGGUCGAUGUCUUACUACCUUCGCUACCUGUGCUGUUAUGUACCUCUCUAUGGUGUGUUUGGCUCAGUGGCGCUCAUGAGCUUCGUCAGGUUUUUGGAGAGCCACUGGUUUGUGUGGGUGACUCAGAUGAAUCAUCUGCCGAUGGACAUCGACCACGAGAAGCACCAUGACUGGCUGACCAUGCAGUUGCAAGCUACCUGUAAUAUCGAGCAGUCCCUCCUCAACGACUGGUUCAGCGGACAUCUCAACUUUCAAAUCGAACAUCAUUUGUUUCCCACGAUGCCACGCCACAACUACCACCUGGUGGCCCCACUGGUCCAUGCACUGUGUGAGAAACAUGGGAUUCCUUACCAGGUGAAAACUAUGUGGCGAGGCCUCUCUGAUGUUAUCAGGUCACUGAAGAACUCAGGGGACCUCUGGCUCGAUGCAUAUCUCCAUAAAUGACCAAUGUUUUUCUCUGCACUGUACCUAAAAGAAGUGAUGUUUGCUCUCCUCUUCUGCAUCAUAAAUUGAUUGUAUCUGUUUGGUUUUAUAUCCAGUUGAUAGCGUGGGAAUGAUCUUUUCUUAUCGUUGGUGUUAUAGUUCAGUCUUUUCAGAGUCUGUGCAGGGUUUUUAGUGCUCACAGGAUUUUCUAAAUUGCCUUACAGUAUCUUGAAGAACAGUAGUAUGGUUUGUAAUUGUGAAAACUGAUUGUGAAGUGGUGUUUUUUAUUAUUUAUCACGUGAUACAGUUUGAACAAUAAAACAUGACGCUGACAAAUCCUGUGUAAUUGAGGAUUUAAAUGUUAAUCUGCACUUAAUUUAAAUUUCUUGUCAAACUUUCUUCUUUACUUGCAACUCUUGUUCUUAUCUUACAGUA